ACAGAAGAGCAGAGAGGAGAGAGAGCGAGAGGAACCUGUUCUGUUCUAUAACACAGGGAGACAGGAAUCCGUCACAGAUAGCCCGAUAACUGUAAUAGUGAAGUUUUUUGUUGUUGCAGAGUUGAACCCCGGGUCGCUGUUGUCAGUCGCUGCACUGGAAGCUUCACAGUGUCUCCUCUUAUCUCUGUGGAUCUGGACUCUUUACCGUUUGGUGUUUUUGGAGAGCUGCACCGGUCUCCUCUCUGUCUGUGCGAGUGUGUGAGCCCAGCGGUGUGUGAACGGGUGGGCUAUUUAAAGUACCUGCUGGUCUUGCCACAAGAAGACACACUUAUAUGAGCUGAAGGUUGCUCAUAUGCUUCAACCCUGAGGAGAAUGAAGAGAAGUCUGUAUAAUGAAGAAAAGAAGUGUGGUGGAGUACCCUGAUGAAAAGACCCAUCAAAACAUGUCCCCAAUGAUACAAUGAUCAGGAAUUGAUUGAACACAUUUGCUUUCUGAUGACAGUGACAUUGAAAUCCUCAGUUCUAUCUUGACUAGCAUGAAACUGAGUUAUUAUUUACUACACCUGUCUAACUGAUCUAUCUACAAGACAUUGUUUUCUAUGAUGCCAGUGGUGUGUAGAUAGUUUGAGGCUCGGAUUCAUUGAUAAAGAUGGAUAGAUGGUGUUGUGUCCAGUAACUGGAGGGUUCUAAAUUAGCUGCUGUGUUAGCGGCUGGAUCUCUGAAUGACUGAGGGCAGAUAGCAUUUGACCUGACCAACAAAGACACACCAGAAAUCCCUAGAUGAGAAGCUGCAGAUAGCAGGAGUUUGAGGUUUCAUUAAGCUUGUGAGAGGCCAGGUGGAGAGAGUUGUUUAGUUUGUACUAUGAAUACUGGAGAGAGCGUUGAGCUGAUGGAGACCCAGGAGGGAGGUCUGAAGGAGAAGCUUCUCGGAGGCAAAGUCAACCAUGAGCACGAGGUUGAAGCUGGGGAUGACAAAACCCCUGGGGCUUUCAACUGCAACAUCUGUGGACGCAGCUUCCCAUUCCUCAGCUCUUUAUCGCAGCAUAUGAGACGCCACACGGGUGCUCGUCCCUACAAAUGCCCCUACUGUGACCACAGAGCCUCUCAGAAGGGAAACCUCAAAGUCCACAUCCGGAGUCACAAACUGGGCACGCUGUCUAGCCAUCAUUCUAAUGAGGAUGAAGAUGGCGGAGCUGAGGAGGAGGAGAUGAGUGUUUCAGAGGGUCUUGAUGGAGGUACGAGUCCGACUAAGAGCAGCUCAGCCUGCAACCGGGUGAUCAACGGGGACAGUGGUGAAGAGAGUCGAAGGAAAGCUCCAGGGAGGAGCCUGAAAAGAGAGAAGACUGGGACUGACCAGAGGCCUUUCUGUUGCCGUCUUUGUGGCUAUGAGGCUCUGCGAGAAGACCAGCUCCUCAGCCAUAUAGAAAAGGUCCACAUAACAGCUGAUGCAGAGGAGGAGACUAUUGUUAAGGAGGAGGCUGUGUCAGAUUCUGAUGCCCCACAACCACAAACCGAUGGGACGUUCCCCUGUGAGACCUGUGGCCAAGUCUUCACCCAGGCCUGGUUCUUGAAGUCACACAUGAAGAAACAUGCUGGGAUCCUGGACCACUGCUGUCGGAUCUGUGGAAGACGGUUCCGCGAAGCUUGGUUCCUUAAAUCACACAUGAAAACACACAACACCAGAUCCAGGUCACGGUCAAAGGCGGAUUCGGCAGAGGUUCCCAUCACCAUCAACGAUGUAGCCCAAGAUCCUGAAACUGUCACUUGCUCAGUUACAGCCAAUUAUCAAAUGUGUUCCAAAUGUGGUAACUUGUUCCACAACAGAGAGAGCCUGAGGAUCCACGAGAAAGUCCACAGCUUGAGCGGUUGCAGGAAAUCCCAAAGCCAAUGCAGACUUAGUGAUGAUGAGGACUCGCCCGCUGCUAAGAGAUGUUACCUAGACUUCCUAAACCUUCAGCCUACUCAGAAGAAUUCAAAUGAAGAAGAUGAGAGUGAGAACAAGAUGCUAGGUCAAAGAAUCCCGGAGCUAGAUCCAGUGUGCAGUUAUCAGGCCUGGCAGUUGGCUACUAAGGGCAGGGUUGUGGAGCCGGUGGAGCCCAGUUACAAAGCCUCUUUUGGAGAAGGAGGUAUGGCUGAGGCAGCCCUUGCUGACGCUGCUGUGGUUUUUGAGAAAGAGAGCAGUCGUUAUGUCUUGCAAAGUCAAGAGAAACGCAGCAGCACAGGGCGACGUAGCAGCUCUGGUUUGGGGAGCCAUGCUUCAUCAGGGGACCGGACACCAGAGAGCCUCAGCGACUCUGAGUACAGGCCUUCGUCCCGCCAAGACAGAAGACGAUCAUCCCAGUCUUCCUCCAAAAACGAAUGCUUUGAGUGUGGGAAGGUGUUUCGCAGUCGUCACCAGAUGAUUGUCCACCAGCGGGUCCACAGAAAGGACGGGGGUAGAGCAUCUGUGGGAGACAAGGAAAGAGCUGCAAGAGAUGACAGAUGGGGCUCUACCAGUGAUCCAGAGUCUGGCUCCCCUAGCAGGCCCAGCACUCCUGGGUAUGGAGACUCUCCACCAGCAUCCACCCUUGGAGACCAGGCCUCAGAGAUGGGUACAGCAAACUCUGGAGAGAUGACAGAAGAGAAGCCGUACAUCCGCAACCUUUCUGACUUUGUCACCACAGAGCUGCAGAGCUAUUCUACUCAUAAUCGUGUCAAGCGUGAAGACAGAUCCAGCCCUGUUCCCAGCCCCAGCUCCAGCUCGGACAGGGGCACCCCCAGUGGUUACCCCAAGCUGAAGAAUGCACUCCUUCAUGGGUUGAACAAAUCUGCCUCGCCCUCUGGUUACCGAUCAGCUCGAUCCUCCCCGCUUGAUCCCAGUUUGACUCCCAUGGAUCUCUGUGUGAGGGCCGAGGGCUGCAGGGGCAUCAACCUGGACAGGAAGGGCCUCCCGAGCCACAAGUGUUCAUUCUGCUCCCACACCACCCGCUACCCUGAGGUGCUCUGGAUGCACCAGACUGUGGCUCACCGCAUCAACAGCAGUAGCUCCAACAUUGCUCCGAAAUGGGCCCUAAAAAACAGCUCCAAGGCCUCAAAGGAGAACUCGUCCUCAUCCAAGAGACGCACUGGUCCUCCCCCAGUUCUGGAAGGAAAGGAGUGUCCACCACUGCCUCCUCUGAUGCGCACCCAACGCACCCGGCCCCCAAACUACUCCAGUGAGGUUAUAAAGAAGAGCAAAUCCCAAAGUCAAGCAGCCACUCCGUCAUCGUCCUCUGCUACCCCCUCCUCCUCAUCUUCUAGAGGCUCCUCAUCCAACUCAGGCACCCAUGCUGGGAGAGUCCCUGUCCGAUCGGGCAGCAGCUCCAGCAGGCGCACAGAGGACCAGAGUCCUAAGUCGCGCUUCAGACCUAAAGUGGAUAUUUACCCCCAUGGGAGCUCAUCCUCUUCCUCAAGCUCCAUGGAGAAAAGCACUGGAGCCCUUUCACGUUCCUCAGCCCCGAGCCCAAGCUCUGCUCCUCCAUCCCGAAUCUCCGACCGCUACAUGAUGCCUCAGGAGGGCCUGGGCUUCAUGCUGACCAGCAAACACGGCCUAGCAGAGUACAGCCGAGCCAGGGGUUCUCCUCAUCAGCUGCUUCCAAACUCUCACCACAGCCAGGGCCGGGCUAACGCUACGAGGCCGAGCACCAUCACCCAUAGCUCUGCAGCAGGUCUCAACUAUGGAGCCUCCCAGGCACAUGGAGGCACUCUGCAGAAUCCCUCCUCCUCAUCCUCAUCCUCCUCCUCCUCUUUGCUCUCUGAAGCUCGAGGGGAUGUGAAGCAGGAGCCGAUUGCAGAGACCCCAGAGAUGCCAGCUGAUAUCCUCAGCUUCCUUAAGAACUAUAGCCCAAACGAGCUGGCUGCCCUCUACCACCGCUGGGGUGCAGCCAAUGCCCUCCUGGAUCCAAGUGGGAUGCUGAGGUCUCUCAUGCGGCAGGGACAAUACUUUUGCCACGAGUGCGGGAAGAGUUUCAGUCAGCCGAGCCAUCUGCGCACGCAUAUGAGGUCCCACACAGUUGGGUUUGAUUUUAACGGACUCCACAGAGGUACUGACGCUCACACCACCGCUUCUGAAGCUCCCAAACAAGGGAGAGGCCGUUCUGCUGCCAGCUCUGCCCAUACCGAGCCUCUCAGAAAGGGAACCUAAAGACGCACGUCCAGAGUGUCCACCACAUGCCUUUUGACAACAGCCAGUACCCAGACUCCAGGAGCACGCCACUGAGCCAGGAGGAGCAAAGAGCGCUGGAUGCCAAACAUCCAACAAACAUCAACUAGAUCUGGAUCUGGACUGAGGGGCAGACUAAUCAGGGAAUCAAACAACCCUAAAGACACCAUCACUGUUUGGAAAUAUCAGAGACAGACCAAGGCCUUUCUGCUCAACCCAUCUGUAAUGAACUUGAAGAAUUUUCUACAAAGGCCCUUGAAGUUUUUGAACUUUUUUUUUCUCUCUCUAGAUAAGAAGCUGGUAAAAGCUUUGCUAGGUAAUUUUAAAAUCAAAAUUAUGAGGCAUCAGGAGAAGAGUGGCAAGAGUGUCUCGUGUACUUAUAGAAGGACUUGUCUGGUGACUUUUUGCAGAUAGAAAUUCGGGUGUCAGGUGUGCACACAGGUUCCAAAUUUUCCCCACUCAGAAGAAUUGGAGAGUGAAUUGUGAAGUGUCUCAUCAGCAGGAAAAAUAGAGUCAACACUGAUUGAAUUUUAGUUCCUCUUGAUCUUGGAUAAAAUGAAGGUUUGACAAAAUGAGCUUAUUGUGCGUAGUUUACAUCACCUCAAAGGAUUUGUGUUAAUAGAAGACCCUGAUAUUUCAGAAAGUUACCUCUUGCUGCCACUUUGGAGGUACCAAAAGGUGAAGUUGCUUCAUGCAGCUUUACAAGAAAACUAAAAUGUAAGUAAGGAAAUAAUAUGGAACUAAAACCGGUAGAGUCUUAAUCAUAACUGUGGAACUGCAUGGCUGCUGUGGUUGCCCCAUUUUUGCCCUUUUAAGCUUUACUGUAAGAGUGUGUGCAUUUCUCAGGACACCAGUAAUCAGACAGAGACGGUGCUCUGCAGUUCAUCAACAGACACAUUGCAAGCUUGACUCACAUCUGUAUGCCUGUAUAUCUGUGUGUGUGUGUGUAAAAACUCACUUUCCUCCACUCUGGAGUGUAAUGUUAGAGUGCAGUGACCACUCUGAGGCUGUGAAGCUGAUGAUUAGAAGAAGAGUAUAGAGAGAGAGAGAGAGAGAGAGAGAGAGAGAGAGAGAGAGAGAGAGAGAGAGAGAGAGUACACGCUAAUGGGGGUGUCUGCUUUAGUGCUCAUUAAAAAGAGUGUGCGUUUUUAAUAGCCAAUAUAAAUGAGCGUACCAUUUUUAUGGUCAUUCAAUUAUUGUCCAUUUAAGAGGAAGGGACUGAGUGGAGUCAGUUUUCCUCCAUAACUCCUUCAUAUUAGGGAGUGUUGCCGACACAGAACCUUCUGACUUUGAAAUAGACUGAAUCCAAAACAGUGGGAAUGAAAUGAAGGUGUAAGUGUAGCUCUGAAUUGGACAGAUUAGACUCCAAAUUGUGUCUGCUGUGGAAAAUAUGCAGCUGCUUGUGCUAACCAGCAAUUAACUGAUUAUUAAUUCCAUAUUGCUAAAGGGCAACAAUGACUCUUUGGCCUGUUGGUCUCCUUAACCCCAUAUGUUUUUGAAAGGUUUUGAACAAAUCCCAUAACCUCUGAAGAACUUAGCUGUACAGAAUGCUUUAGGUUAAGCAUAGUGGGUUUGUCAAGGCUUGGAGCUGAGCUAACUCAGCAGUAACAGAGGCUAAGGCUAAGAUAUGCUAAGAAAUAAAAUUAAAAGAUUUGCAUUAUUUGGCAUGCAAAGACUGUAGAUUAGGAAUUGGGAGCAAGCAAAUGAAAACAGAUUAUAUUUUCAAUUCAAUUUGAUUUUUGCUAGAAGCAGCAACACAAUAGCCUCAUUGGAGAAAGUAAAAAAUGUACUUCUAUUGCACAGACUGUGCUUUUCUUUUUUGAAUUAUUGAAGCAUCCCUACUUUUGUAAAAGAAUGAAACAUUCAAUUCAGAGCCACACCAACUUUUUCAGUUCCUCUCUGUCCAGUUUUUAAUGCAAAGACAUGAAGGUGGGAUGAGUCUUCUUACUGAACUUCACCAAGACAAAUUGAGCAUGUUUCCCAAAAUAUGGCAACAAUAUGUCCUUUUUAUUAAACAGAUAAAACAGACCUUUAUCCAUUAGGUCCACUUCAUGUUAGCGUUCAACCAGAGCUGAUUUUUUGCAAACCACCGAUGCAGACUAAUGAGCCAAACUCCCCGAUGCCGUCAGUCUAAUUUCUUGAAUGGUGAUGUGAAGAUUUGUAUUCAAGGAGAAAAGAGUGAGGAGGUCAAUGAGAGAGAAACGGAACAGCCAGAGGUCAGAGGUCAGGCUUUAAGAGAGUUCAGGUAUAAACACACCGUCUGGAGAGACUUUAAAGGAAGUUAAUGUCGAGCUGUCACAGCCGUCGCAAAGGUGUGAGAGAGUGUGUUUCUUUUUGUGUGUAUGUGUGUUUUUUUCCAAGCUCCUCCACACUGUAUGAGGUCGACUCACUUCUGUGUACUCCAGCCUCCCUCUAGAUGCUCUGUAUACUAGCCUACCUCCUUUGCAAUGAAAGCCUAUGUGAAGUCAUUGACUGGUAUGAAGGUGUGACUGUUCUUUGCUAGGAGGUCCUUUUUUUUCUUUGUGAACUAGGCUUUUGUUUUCCCAUUAUCAACAGCCUUUACGAUUCAAAACAAAAAGCCAUGCCUUGAUACGUGGAGCAAAAGAUGGAUACAACUCAGACUUACGAAGCAGAAGUAGAGCUGUGGAGACAUUUUUGUACACAUGAAUUCAAAAGGUGACAGAGCAUACAGAGUACUGUACUCCCUGUCUAUUUUGAGACCUCAGUAGUUUUUACAUGACGAUGAAAUGGUUACUUUGCAUACAAUAAUGUGUGCUUGAAUAUGCCUAAUAAUACACAAGUGUGUAUAAUGAAGGUGUGGGUAGUGAAAAUACUUGAAAUAAGGAUACUCUAGCCUUCGCGGUAGUGUAGUACUAAUACCAAUGUUGUACAGAAUUCCCUUUAAGAUGAACUCCUCAGUUAUGAAUUUGUACUCCGAAGUGUGACUUAGAAAAACUAUGAAGCAGGAGUGAGUGUAUGUAAAAAAAAAACCUGUAUAUCUGUAAUCCACUCUUACCAAACCCGUAUAUACAGCGGUAGAAACCAAAUGGCAUUACUAGUGCACUUAGACUAGGUUACUGCUUUAACCGUUCUCAUUUUGUCUGAUUAGCUGAAGUUUUUUUUGAGAAUGUCUUUUUAACGGUGCCGGCUAACACUCUUCAAUGUCAUUUCUGGUGUAGAGGCUUUUUGUUAGCAUAAUUCCAUAGUUUUUAAUGACAAAUGGUUUGUUCUGUGACAGCUUAGCUCAUGGAAAGUUUGAUAAUGCUAGUUGCAGCAGUGCUUCUUUUUUUUUUUUCCAAAAGAUGUAAGAGUGUGUUUUUAGUCUUUCUCUUUGCUAAAAUGUAGGAUUUGUUCUGUAGCUAGUCAUGGCUGCCCUCCCAGAGGGGCUGGCAGGUGUUGUUCUUUUCUCUUUGGUUGGGUUUCUAUCAUGUCUCUUAAGUUGUAUUAUUUGUGUCCGUAUUGCUUUCUUUUUUAUUUGUUUUGAACUUCAUGAUUAAUUUACCUUAGAAGACGUUGUUAUUAUUCCAAAUGUAUUUGGUUGAUAUCUGUAUUUAUUAUCACUUCAAAAAGGAUGAGAGGACACAGGCAGACAGGAGUGUUUGUUUAAUUUGAUUUUUCUGGGUUGUUUUUGUUUUUAUACUGUGUAGUUUUCAUGCCAGCAAGCCGAUGUGAAAGCUCUACCUCGUCUGAGCCAUUCUCAGUUCUGUUACACUUUUGUACAUCAUUUCAAAAAGAUGUAAUGUCAUGUCCACAAUAAAGACACACAAAAUGGCACCUGUUGGCGCUGUUUCAUCUGG